AUGGGGCUUCAGGGCCUGCGGCUACCCAGUACAACCUUCCUUCCCCUCAAGGGCAGCCAGGGGCCCGCAGGCGCCAUGGCCGACGGCCGGCCGCAGUCGCUCUUCUUCCUCACGCUGCCGCAGCCGUGUGGCGGGAGCGACACCGCGGCCGAGUGUCAGCGUGAGGCGCGCUCGGUGGCCGCGGGCCUCGCCCCUCGCUUGCCUUCUCCCCCGCGUCUGCGUUCCCGCGUGGCCCCCGGGAGCCCGGGCCUCCCUCCGUGCGCUUUCAGGCCUCUCCUCUACUUACCUGGGGCCUUCCGGCAGCGGCAGGCGCAGUCGGGUCCCUGGCCGCCGGCCCUCAAGGCAAAGCGACAGGGGCCGCCUGGCCAGGCCUCCCGGGCGGACAGCGAGGCUGGGACGGGAAGGCAGACGCCUGGGUCAGCUGCAAACCCAGCCCGCACCGGGCCCCCCGACGCGGCCCCCGAGCGGCCUCCUCGGGGCGGCAACACGUGGGAGUUGCUGUUGUUGCACCAAGACAUUCUCACAGCACCUGGGCCUGGAAUAGCAAACCAAAUUUGGGUGGUGAUGGCGAUUUCAUUUUAUAAAGCUGGAAAACUUAAUGCCUGUAUUGAAAAAUAUGGAGCUAAGGCGGAGUCGGCCCAAAGAGUGACUCCUGAGAUUCUUCAAAGCUGCCUUUCCUACUCACUCACGGUCAGGCUUGCGCCAACCUGGAAUAAAGCUGGCCACCUCCUGGUGCAAGGAAAAGACUUUCUUUCUCAAGCGGGAAAGCAAAAUGCUGUUGUAUUAGAUAUCAGCGUCACAGAAACUCACACCUGCCUGAGCGUAGAGGUCUACACAGUGAGGCUGCCGCCGCCUGAGCUAAGCGACUUUGGUAUUUCUCAAAGAGUUAUAAAGGAUUUUGAAACUAACACGAAUGCUGUCAUUGAGGGACAUUCGAUUUUAAACAAAUGGUGCUACGUUUUGCCAAGUAUGAAAAUGGGACAAAUAUUAAGUGUUUUUCACACCAUCCCCCCUGACUGCCCUUUUCACUCCUUCCACGAUUUCCAGAUGCACUGGGACCAGCUGUAUGGCUAUAAACUUCCAGAAGAUAGCAGAAGUUCAGAAGUGUACUGCAGCAUCUACUUCAAAAUGAUAGGAGAAAGGACCUUUACGUACCCUCUCAGCUGCGUCAGGAGCCAGCCCGUGCAGUUCUUUCCCAGGGUGGAUCUGGAGGGCGUGCUGAAACGCUUUCUCUCGGAUUUAAAACUGACGCUGCCCCACAUAUGCGGCUUUCCCGUGAGGAUGACAGCCAGGCCGCGCUACCACACGCACGAGCUCGCCAGGCCGCCUGCGCAGGAAAACAAAGCCAGGCUGCCCAACCUGACCACUAAAGGACUGUUCCCGCCCUCCCGGACGCAGGCCCCGCCCACCCCGGCGCAGGCCCCGCCCACCAGGCCCGCCUGGGCGCAGACUCUGCCGCGGGGUUGGGCAGAAGCGGGCCGCCAGGUGGCGCUGUCAGCCGGCCAGCAAAGCCCGCGCGUGUCCUGGCCGCCUCCCGCCCAGCCAGGAUCUGCUCAGAGCAGGAAGAGACCCCUGUCCAGCCAGGCACGAGAGCACUUGGAAGUUGAAGUGCCCAGCAGGGGAAAUACGCCGCUGCAAGACACACAGUCUGGCUCCCAAAGUACUGUCGGCCCUAAAUUUGUACCAGUUUUCAAAAAUGGCUUGUCAAGCAAAAGAAUCUUCGAAUCUGGCCACCAGAAGAGAAAAUCACACGUCAUGAAGGAACCUAAGCUGUUUUCACUUCAUAGCAGUGUGAGCCAGUGUGACAAGCUGAAGUUUGAUCCGACUACUAAAAACAAAUCUAACCAUAACAUGCAGACAAGUGCUGGGCACUUAAGUAGGCCGUCUAGAUCUCUGCCUGAAAAAAAUGCAAAAUCCUGUGAAAGCAUGGCAAAACAUCACCCUUCUAAUGGGAAGUUGUCGUCUGGGAGUAAGCUGCUCUCUAGUGGAUCCGCGUUGCCUGUGUCAAAUGCAGAUUCGGGUGCAAUGGGCAGUGCCGCCGGCUCCCAGGUACGAGCUUCCACCAGAUCAAAGCCCAAGAACUCGAGGGUGGUUCCGAAAGCUGCUGUGGUGCGAAAGAAGGAAAUGCCCACCAGGGAAGAGAGUCCAGACGAGUGUGCUGCGCCCAGAUUCUCCAGAGACCAGCGAAGAGCGUGGUUCCCUUAAAGCCUCUGACGCGAAGGCCCGCAGGAGUCCAGCUGUAAUCAGGAAAGCCGAACUGUAUUUCCGCGGUCAGUCGUCUGUUGCGUGUGGGCCGCGCCCCUGGCUAUUCUUCCUGUUCGACUGUAGCGUAGUUUUAGGGCCAUUGUCAUGUUAAAACCAGAAGUGAGUGAUUAAUGUCUGCCUGGCUCAAGUUGCUUGAACUAUUAGCCAGUUAAUGCUGA